AUGUCGCUAACAAUAAGAGAGAUAACGACAAUUACGGUUGCGGAGCUGAGGACGAAGCUGCAUGCCCUUCAGCUGCCGAUUAGCGGUACCAAAGCCGAAUUGAUCGCUCGCUUAAACGAAUUUGAUCCAUCGGAGGAAUGGAGGAGAAAUGGCGAUGAGCAACCAAUGAUACUACCGAAUGAGAGAAAUGCUGAGGAGUUACAUCGUGAAGUGGAUCUUCCUAAUCGAGAGCAUGAAGUGUUGAGGCGAGAAUUGGAGAUUACUCGAAGAGAGUUGGCAAUGGCUCGAGCACGGAAUAACGAUGAACAUCCGCCGAAUGGUCACUCGCGUACGAAUAUUCGAAUGCUUUCGGAAUUGCUAAAAGAAUUUAGCGGAGCUCAUGACGGAUACUGGCAAUGGGAACAACAAGCGCGUUUUUUUAAGGAUACGUAUCAGUUGGACGAUGAUUCGGCGAGGAUAUUACUUGGCUUGAAAUUGAGAGGUAGCGCGUCGGAGUGGUUCCACUCUAGUCCAGAGCAUUUGGAGAUGACCUUCGGGGAGUUAUUAUCCAAGAUGAAAGAUAUGUAUGAUCAUCGCCCGACCAUGCGGACUUUACGUCGACAAUUUGAAAACCAACGAGCACAUAAAGUCGUCACGAUGCCUAACGAAGCUAACCAACAAAUCGCAGCGGCAUCGUCAUCCUACAACAUCGCCGCGCCGGAAACUUUCGACUUCAACUCACCCAGUGACUGGCCACGAUGGAGAAGAAGGUUCGAAAGAUUCAGACUCGCCUCAAAACUAAACACUCUGACGGAGGAAGAACAGGUAAAUACCCUAAUCUACCUGAUGGGAGAAAAAGCCGACGAAAUAAUGAUAACCUUCGCAUUGACCGCGGCCGAGGAGAAAAACUAUAAUACGAUUAUGCAGAGAUUCGAAGGCCAUUUCUCGCCAAAAACAAAUGUUAUAUACGAAAGAGCCCGCUUUCAUACCCGCAUACAAAAUCCCGGGGAGUCCGCGUGCGAUUUCGUAACGGCGCUGCAUAACCUCGCAAGCAAGUGCAACUACGGCAACCUAAAAGACGAGUUCAUCCGAGAUAGAAUCGUCGUGGGCAUAGCCGAUAAAAAACUGAGCGAGAAAAUGCAACUAGACGAUACAUUGACACUCGACAAGGCGGUCAAAACUAUAACGCAGUCAGAAGAAAUUAAAAAACAGACCGAACAGCUCAAUCAGUCGAGCAUAAAUCAAGUAUCGUCGCAACCGAAAUAUCAAAAAAAGAAGAACGCAGGCAGCAAACAAUACAAAAACCGGAUCCGCAAUCUAAGAAGAAUUUGGACAAAUCAAACUCAUGCCAAUGGUGCGGGCGGGAAAAACACGAUCGGAAAGAAUGCCCCGCCAAAAACUCAAACUGCUACAACUGCAACAACAAAGGCCAUUUCGCUAACGCCUGCAAACUCAAGAAAAAGUUCGAUUGACGCCGAAAAUACAGUGGGCAGCAUCGACUGGACAGCUGUGGUCCGGAUCAACGGGAAAAAUAUUCGAUGUAAAAUCGAUACAGGCAGCGACGUCACCGCUCUCCCGCCAGAAUACGCAGAAGGAAGAGGACUAACCAACUCGACGAAAAAACUAACAGGCCCGGAUACUACAACACUCAAGAUACAUGGGACUGAACGGGCUACCCUAACCUACAAGAACCAGACCACUCAACAAACUAUCUACUACAUCCAUAACCUACUCCAGCCAAUAUUAGGGAGAACGGACGCAGUGAAACUAGGCCUGGUGAAGAAGAUCGAUGCAAUCUCCAGCCCACCCGGGCUAUCGUUGGAAGACGUAAAGCGGAAAUUUCCAAAACUCUUCAACGGAAUUGGUAAGAUCCCGGGAAAAUGCAAGUUGACGGUGAAACCCAAUGUCGAGCCGGUCGCGGUGACAUCGCCGAGGUGUAUUGCGAUUCCCUUGAUCGAAAAAGUCAAAACUAUUCUGGAGAAGAUGGUUGAAGAGGGAAUCAUAUCGGCAGUCAACGAGCCCACGGACUGGUGUUCGCCAAUGGUGGUGACCUUCAAGAAGGACAGCAAUCCCAGGAUUUGUGUCGACAUGAGGGAACUAAACCGAGCGGUUAAACGAGAACGCAGCAUCAGGGUUUUACCAAACAGUCCUGGACGAGGAGUCGCGGUUGUACACCACGUUCAUCACACCAUUCGGAAGGUUUUGCUUCAACCGCCUACCAUUCGGGAUCACAUGCGCUUCCACAAGAAGAUGCAAGAGGUACUAAAGGGCUGCGACGGCAUCGUAUGCUUGAUGGACGAUAUCCUCGUGUACGGCGACACUCAAGAGGAACACGACCGACGCUUAAUCCAAGCUUUGACCAAACUACAGCAAGCCAAGAUGACACUAAAUGAGAAGAAGCUAGUCAUCAACUCCCGUUCCGUCGAAUUCUUGGGACAUCUUAUCGAAGAAAAGGGAACCCGGAUACAUCCAGACAAGAUUCGAGCAGUUACCGAAAUGGAACCACCAAAGGACAGGAAAGGUGUUAAAAGAUUAAUCGGCAUGAUCAACUUCCUGGCGAAGGCCAUCCCCGACAAAGCGACAAUUUUGGAACCGCUACAGGCACACCUGAAAGAAGACAUAGCAUUUAUAUGGGGAAAAAAUCAAGAGUCCGCUUUCACUAAAAUAAAGGAGGUGCUGACUACGGCUCCCACACUAGCUCGCUUCGAUCCAGCGAAGAAAACAAUCGUAACGGCCGACGCAUCGUCUUUCGGGAUAGGAGGGGCUUUACUUCAGGUACAGCGGGACGGCAGCAUAAAACCUAUCGCCUACUCAUCCCGACUACUCUCGGAGACGGAAAAACGAUAUUCUCAGAUCGAGAAGGAGGCCCUCGCUGUCACAUACGUUUGCGAGAAGUUCUCCGACUACUUAACCGGCAUCGAGGUUCUACUAGAAACGGAUCACAAGCCUUUGAUCCCCAUCCUCACGACAAAGUCACUAAACGACUUGUCCCCUCGGCUACAAAGGUACCGUAUCCGCCUAAUGAGGUUUGAUUAUACAAUUAAUCAUGUUCCAGGCAAGGACUUGGUAACCGCAGACGCACUAUCUAGGCAGCCAGUGGUCCAAAAAGAUCCAGACGAACUUUUCGAUGAAGUCGAAAACCACGUUAUUGGGGCCAUCACUCACCUACCCGUAUCACCGGACAAACUAGCCGAAAUUAUCGAAAAACAGAAAGCAGACCCCGAACUAGCAGCUGUACGAGUCUACAUUCGCAACGGGUGGCCCGACAAGGAAACUCUAAACGCCAAUCUGAAGCCGUUUUACGAGAAAAGAUCGGACAUCUCGUGCCAGAACGACCUGCUGUUCUACGAGUCAAGGAUCGUAAUCCCGCGAGCAAUGCACUCGGAAACGCUAAGCAGAAUCCACGAAGGACACCUCGGCAUCACAAAGUGCAGAGCCCGAGCUAAUCAGGUCAUAUGGUGGCCGGGCAUGUCGAAACAAAUCGCCGAGACCGUCAUGAGGUGCGAAAUCUGCGCACAAUACAGGGAUAAUCGCCACGAACCUCUCAUCCAAAUUGAAGAAGCGCAUCGACCAUGGCAGAAGGUCGGCAUGGACUUGUUUAAGUUGAGAAGUGACUGGUACCUUAUUAUCAUCGAUAGAUAUUCACGCUAUCCCGAGGUUGAAAAGGUCCCAAACAUGAGAAUGGAAACCGUCAUCCUGAAAAUGUCCGAAAUUUUCGCUAGACAAGGAGUUCCCGAAGAGAUACUCACCGAUAAUGGAACGCAAUUCAACCCGUUCCAUGGGUCCUCGUUAUUCAAAAACUUCCAAGAUGCAUACGGAUUCCGCCUCAUCACGAGAAGCCCCGGAUAUCCGCAAUCCAACGGGCUCGCGGAAGCCGGAGUCCAACUAGUCAAGAAAAUUUUCCUCAAGGAAGGAGAUCCCUACAAAGGCCUACUGAUCUACAGAAAUACCCCGCUGAAGAAUGGAUACUCACCCGCGGAACUUUCUAUGAGCCGGAGACUGAGGGACACACUGCCUACUACAGCGAGCAACCUCGAACCAAGAGUAGUAUGCAAAGAAGCAGUUGGGGAAAAAGAAGACCGACGCAGGAAAAGAAUAGAAGACAACUACAACAAAUCAAAAGGAACGAGACAACUUCCCGAGCUAACCCCUGGAACUCGGGUGUUUAUCAAAGACGCCAAAAAGUUCGGCACAGUCAUUCAAAAAGCCGAACAACCACGAUCGUACAUCAUACAAACAGAUACGAACAAACUUAGGCGUAACCGAUACACAGUCGUCCCUACACAGCCAGCAAGAGAAGCUACCGCAGUACCACACAGCCAACCGGAAGAUCCCCUGCCCCAAGGAAGUAACACAAUCAGGUCCCCUCCCAGAGAACCAACCACACCAGACCAUAAACCAGGGGAUUCGCAGGAUGUACCAGAGGACUACCGAACGCUGGAUCAAGACUUUGCGCUCGCUGAGCUAGACGGGGGGUUGGAACAGAUCCACCAACUCGCCCAACAGCUCAUCUUUGAAUUAGAGGCGGAUAUUCGAGUGCCUUGGAUAUUAGACUUCUCUCCCCCUGCGUACGACCACCUUCCUCCCUCUCCACCUACCACGACAUACUCUUCAUCUCCGUCUUAUUCCCCAGUACUUUCUCCCAUCGACUUUAUUCCCCAUUCCCCCUCUAAUUCUGACUCCAGCGUGGAGUUUCUUGGUGAGAUCCCCGACGUAGAAUUUCUCGAGGAAAUUCUUUUCGUCCCUUCCCCAGGGAAUUCUACGUCCGACGUGGAAUUCCUGCCUCCACCUUCACCCACCAAUUCCACGUCUAGCGUGGAAUUCCUGCUCGAAGAUAUCCCUUCUAGAUCUCCCAGCGCCUACACCUCUCCCGUGGAGUUCCUUGGAGAACUCCUUCCCCUUUGUCCUAUUAAUAACCCCUUCCCCGACAUCUCUCCACCCUCGCCCACCAGCUCCACAUCCAGCGUGGAAUUUAUAAUAGAAACAAUAACUCUGUAG